AUGGCGCUCUCUAUAGCCUACUGGGCGUCGUACGUAAAUGGCCAAAGCAAGCUGACCAAAAAGAGCGAGGCUUCAGUAGAAAGUGGAAGGGUGUUGAGGUUUACCUUCGACCAUGAGCUGCGAGUGAUAAAUUCGUCGGUGCAGGCCUCAAUGCGAGAUACAUCGUACAAAGUUCAAGUAAGUGUUUUUCUGGAAGAAAGUGACAAUGGUAUCAUAAAAGAUGUUUCAUGCCAGUGUUCAAUGGGAGAAUUUAAAUGUCACCAUAUGGCAGCAACACUACUGUUUGGUUAUAAGAGGGCAAGUAAAACGGACGUUAAGUGUAGUUGGGUCAAACAUCCCAAGUCAGCGCCACCUAAGGAAACAGUAACUAUGCAGGAGCUGUAUCCAUCAAAUCAGCCUAAUUACACGUACAUAUUUCAGUUAUGUUUUUGA